AUGGAUUUUUACAGCCUCAACGCGGUCGGAGACUGGACAUACGUCAAAGUAACGGAACACUAUCGUGCGAAACUGCAAAAAGAUCAGAGGCAAGUGCUAGAUUCCAUAAAAAAGGAUCUUCAGAAGGUUGUAUUGGAUUUCGAAUUUGACGAGACAAAGAGAAAAAAAGCUCAAGAAAUUCUUGAUCAAUGGAAGAAUUGGACAGCACAAAAACCAAAAUUGGAAUGUUCCAGCACAGCUUCUGACGUACAUUUGCAGGUUAAUAAACUAAACCAACUUAACAGCUUGACUGGAGAUUUUGCAACCCAGAACAUCGACAAUCGCCGUGUAAGUUCGAGAAAUCAUCAUUGCGAUGAUCAAGAAGAAAAGAGAAACACCAAACCCACUUCUUCAGUCGAUGGUUCUGUAGGUGAUUUGAAUGGCGACCAAGUUGCUGAAAUUGAUGGAAUUAUUGUAAAUAAGAUAUCUGGCUUGCUUUUUUCAAACAUAACACUUGAGGAAAUAUGGACAAAAGUUAUGGAACGAUUGAAAAAAGAAAAAUUGCGAGUGCAGUCUAUUGAAUCCCGGAUUGUGGAUCUUUCAAAUUGGACGCAAGUCGAAUGGAACAGGAUUCUUAAGGUAUCGGAUUAUUCGCAAUUAUUUAUCAAGUCAAGAAAAAAGCUCUGCAAGGAGAAGAUUGACAAGAAUGUGCAACAAUUGCUACACGAUGAAUCUGGUCGGAUUCGGUCAUUAAACGAUCUAGAAUCAUGGAAAAAUAUAUUUACAAACUUAGCAUCAUCUGAAGAUUCGCGAUUAACUGUUGGAAUAAUGGAGUUUUUGUAA